CCAGUGAUGCUGCUGCGCGCCACUGCGUGACGAAGUCAAGUGGACAGGACACCUCUCCUGCUGCUGGUCUAAAUCAAACAUACACAGCCCGCAGUUUUAGGUACUUUCAGACACUCUCACUAAGCCAUGGAGAAGAUCUGGUUUCUUCUUAUUUUUCAGCUUGAUGUCCUGGUGCAUUUGAGCACCGGUCAGCACCAUUUACGCGCGCCUGAUGGCCCCUGGAGACAGCGCAUUCAGUGGGAGAAUAACGGGCAGGUGUACAGUUUGCUCAGCACUGGCACGCAGUAUCGUUCGCCUUCGCAGAACAGGAGACGCACCCAGCUGCUACUGACUACAAGACACAGUUUGAACCAAGCUGUCCCUCCUGUUGCGCUCAUGAGAUCCUCCAGAACCAGGUCUAUGAGCCUCCAAGGCACACCCAGCGACCACUCUGAGCAAAACGACCAAAUAGACGCGUCGCUUCUUGGAGCAGAUGUGGGUCAGUAUCUGCCGGCGGCGGAUCGGACCGGCGCACGCGUGGCUGUGGAUCACAGCGCCAACCAGGCUCCGUCUAACAGCAGCGCUGCUGUUUUCAUCCAGGAGUUUUCCGGCAGCGGAAUCCCCAGAGGCGGCCGGGGUGUUACCGCGGAUGACAGCGGCGCGCAACAGCCCACUGCGCCACCAGUGAGGGCGCAGGAUUUAACGCACAGCCAGGUGGACAGACCCAACCCCGAGAGCGCGGAUUCAGUCCACGGAUCUGUUUUGGUCACCCUGGCUAAUGAUGGUCCUGUCGCCCAGCAGACCAGAACGCAACCCCUGAGCAGAGUCACUCCUAGGGUGGAUGAUUCCAGCAACGCUGUUGAGAUACACUUCCCGCGCAUGGAUCCGGACACAACAGGUGCUGCCGACCCCCGGGACCCACACAGCAUCCACCACAGAAACUCGGUUUUCUAUAACGUUUACCCAGCAGACCGCAGGAACAGGCAGGACGCGCGCAGCCCCCUCGGGGCCGGCCACGGCACCAGGUUCUUCCAUAACGGUCUCCCAGACCUAAUCCCUGACCCAUACUACAUCCAGGCGGCCUCGUACAUCCAGAGAGUACAGAUGUAUGCGCUCCGCUGCGCUGCUGAGGAGAACUGCCUUUCCAGGUCUGCAUAUCAUCCGAGUGUGAGUGACCUGGACUACAGAGUGUUGCUGCGCUUCCCACAGCGAGUGAAGAACCAGGGAACUGCAGACUUCCUCCCGACAAAACCCAGACAUGAGUGGGAAUGGCACAGCUGUCACCAACAUUACCACAGCAUGGAGGCCUUCAGCAACUAUGACCUACUGGACGUCUCCACUGGACAGAAGGUUGCUGAGGGACACAAAGCCAGUUUCUGUCUGGAGGACACGUCAUGUGACCCGGGGGUCCGGCGGCGCUUCGCUUGCACUGCUCACACACAAGGGCUUGGUCCUGGAUGUUAUGAUACAUACCACGCUAACAUUGACUGCCAGUGGAUUGACAUCACUGAUGUGCCGCCCGGAAGUUACAUCCUCAAGGUGACGGUGAACCCCUCCCAGCUGGUCCAGGAGUCUGAUUUCUCCAACAACGAGGUGAGGUGCGACAUCAGAUACACAGGAAGCUACGUCCAGGCGAGGAACUGCAGGAUCGUUGUGAGCUGACCUGCUGCAGACACCGACAAAGACACUGACAUGUAUGCUUAAUGAUCUUUUGUUAUUUUUUUAAGUAAAGCUGCUACUGAUUCUGGUUCUACUGUUUUGAUGCCGUUUCACUGUUUGCUCCUGAAGUAACUUUUUGUAUCUAUGACACACCCCCGGCCACACUUAUUGGUAACCCUAUUAAAAGGUGCAAAAAGACAA